ACUGGACCUGUCGUUCUCCUGUGAAGAAGAACACCCUCACCGACGACAGGGUUACUGCUUUUACGGCAGGUCCUCAGAACGGGAGGGUUUACUCUAGAAUGGCUCUUUCUAAACUUGGACGUGUGGCAUUGCGCGUGCCAUCCCAGGUCCGAUGGGAGAGUGAACUUGCCCAGUCUUUCGCUCCUGGACAGGGUAGACAACAGCUAGUUAUUAUCGGCACAGGUUGGGGAGGCUACAGUGUUCUUCGCAAUGUUGACAAGAAACUGUUUGAUGUGACCGUAAUCAGCCCCCGAAACCACUUCCUCUUCACGCCACUGCUGGCCUCAACAACGGUUGGUACAUUGGAGUUUCGCAGUAUCAUCGAGCCAGUUCGGAACGCCGGGUUCCGAGAUGAGAAGCAUUUUCAUCUCGCCGAGGCGACUGGGGUUGAUGUACACAGGAACGUGGUGAAGUGCCGGAACGCUUUGGAUGCAAAUAACAUCAGAGAGUACGAAGUGAAGUACGACCAGCUGAUCAUUGCUUGUGGUGCAGUCCCCAACACGUUUGGAACACCGGGCGUAUACGAACACGCCUUCUUCUUGAAGGAAGUUGCUGAUGCCCGUGCCAUCCGCAACCGUAUUCUGCGAAACUUUGAGAUCUCGGUUCGACCUGGAAUUUCAGAAGCCGAGCAAAAGCGCUUGCUUCACAUUGUCAUUGUCGGCGGUGGUCCAACAGGUAUUGAGUUUGGUGCGGAGUUGUACGACUUUGUGCAAGAGGAUGUCCGUCGCCUGUUCCGUUCUGAAACACAACAUGUACGUGUAACAAUAGUAGAAGCCAUGAAAAUUCUUCCAUCAUUUGAUCAUGACCUUCAAACCUACGCUACCAAUAAAAUCAACGAACGUCGUCAAAUGGAACUUGUACAUGACAGAGUCAUCAGAGUGGAUGCCAACAGUGUCACUCUUUCUGAUGGAACGAUCGUCCCCUCUGGACUGGUUGUAUGGUCAACUGGACUAGCACCGCGGGAAUUCACAAACAGUGUUCGCUUCGAGAAGAAUGGACGUGGACAGCUGGUUACGGACUCUGAGCUGCUCUGUCACGGAGAGAACCCGUGCAGGAACGUGUAUGCUCUGGGUGACUGUGCUGAUGUCAAACACAGCUCUCUGCCAUGCACUGCCCAGGCUGCGGAGCGUGCUGGUCGGUAUCUUGCUAAGUCACUCUCAGCGCGCGUAGAAGGCAAGGAGGUAAAGCCAUUUGUCUUCAACAACUUGGGUAUGCUGGCCUAUAUUGGCGAGUACCGUGCCCUGUCCAACUUCUCGUUCUUCAAGGCGAGCGGUCACAGUGCGUGGGUACUAUGGAGACUCGCGUACGCCACACGGCUUGGAAGCUGGCGCCUCCGCAUGCAGGUCCCAAUGGACUGGCUCAAGUCCUUCAUCUUCGGCAGAGACACCUCUCGUUUCUAGGCGCUCUUUCAGCGCGCAUGACCAACAUUUAGAAAACUGUUUCAGUGGAAUCCAAACUAUAUAUUCCGUCAUGUAAUUUUCUUGACUAGUUUGAGGGAAAGACAUGUAAUUUUCAUACAAUUUCUUAUUACCGAUAUUCUGAUAUCCUUGAAGUUGAGAUCUUCAGAGCCGUUUUCUAGGUAAUGCUUGAAUAUAUUUUAGUUACCUCUUUAGUAUUUAUUGAAUACAAACCACUUCAACAUUUCCCUGUACGCUUCAGCUAUUCUGGCUACUCCGUCUUUUUUUCAAGUUCUUGGAAAGAAAACAUUGACGUUUCGUGUUGUA